AUUUCACGAGGCUGGCUCGGCAGUCAGUUUCGUACUCUUGGCCAUCGAAGCCAGGUCAAACAACCUUCCUGGGCGUCAAAUUUCAGACACUCACUGGGAAAGGACAGCAGUGGUUUGAUUCCCAACCCGUAUGACUCCAUAUUGUUUGGACAAGGCAUCCCUUGCUGUGUAAAGCGAUGGAGGAUGAACGCAGAAGAAGAGACGUCGAACCUGAGAGUCCAUCGCAGGACGGCGGUCCAGCCAGCGACUCCACCAAGGACCUCGCCCGCAAAGCCCGUACUCCGUCAGGGUCAGAUUUACGGAAAAGAAUCGUUAUCAAGAUUCGCCUUAGGAGUGGGGGGAAGAAGGGAAAGCGUCGAAUUUCCUUGACACGCUGCGGAAGAAGAUCCAGCGGUUUCUUGCCCGAUGCUCCUUGCUCGAGGCUCGAGAUCGAACAACUCUCCGACUUGCAUCCCCCCACUCAGGCAGCAGCCAUUCGUGAAGCCAGUAUUGGAAGUGGGCAUGUCAUCCGCUACAGCCACGAACCCUUGCUCCUACGGAGUAGACCCACUGAAGAGUUGCGAGGAAUUCCACACCAACUAGUUACUCCGUACUACGGAGUACUCCGCACAUCGGGUCAUGACUGCGACACGCAGAGUCCGCUGCUGGGAGAUAGCUUCUUGUAUGCUUUUGUCCAGCCAGUUCGGACGAAAAAAAUUGUCGCCCGGGUAGAAGGAGAUGUUUUGGCUGGCGCCGACUGCGUGGAGCCUCGAGACCGGGAUCGACGAGACGCUUCCACCCAUGCUGCAGAGUGAUAAUCUCAUGAUCAAACCGAUGAGAGAGGGAUUUAGUCUCUCAAAACAUUUUCCCUUCCUUUUGAUGUCGAUCCUUGAUUCAGUUCUAUCGACCCCGCGUUUUGGGUAGUCAGUGAU